CAGUCCUUGGACUUCCUAAGUGGUCGUAGUCGAAAAGAAGAGGCUAAGUGUCGAAAACCUAAAGCUACCGUCACCAAGAUCGAUAAUUACCCUCAAAUUGAAGAUGCUGAAAACUUAGUCAGAUCUCGAUGGUUCUCCUUUCUUGAUAUGGCCAGCAGAUUCUGA